GAAUCGGUAUGAUCAUGGCGGACGCCACGAUUGCGUUGCUGUAUAUGCAUUGCAAAAGUAACGUACUAGUAUAAAUUGCAUUACAAAUUUUCCUCUUAGAGGAAAAGUGGAAUUUGUAAUGCUGUUUUACCUUUGGUUUCGGAGGAAGAUUUGUCAUGCAUAUUUGCAAUUAGUACGAGUGCGAUAUUACUUUUGCAUAGCAUACUGUACAUAGCGGUCCAGCUGAUCCAUGUGUUGUCCUUUGAAGAGAUGAAGCAGGGUAGCCUAUUAUUUUGGUCCUCCUCGUCGCCGGAGGGCGCAGAAGUUGGAGGACAACAACAAACAACAACCACUACGUCGAAGAAGCAUCCAAGGUCCGUUCUGUGGAAAGUCGUCGUUUUCGUUAUCAGUUUUUACAUGAUCGCCUACGGCGGCACCUACGUACUGCUCGCUUCCGAUCAGGCGGACAAGUUGAAGUUGUUUCGCCUCUCCCUGGCCGGUAUCAAACUGAUCGGAGCUGCUUUUCUGCUGAUUCCCGCCUUGCGCGACGGCUGUCGCUGGUACAGAAGUAAUUGUUCCUAGUUGUUGUACAACUCAGACUUACGUUUUUGCUCCUGCUGCUGGCAUUGAUGUGCUUUUUGUUUCCCGCAUGGACGAGUGAUAGGCUAUAGUUAGGUAAACCAUUAAAGCCGUAAACUUGUUGAGAAAAGGCUUCUUAGAUUCGACGUCCGAAAGGACGAAAAUUAUCAAUCCUGUAGCAAAAUUAUAAACUUUUAUAACUACAACAGCUGUCGCCCGGGGGUCGGCAAUGCCAUCUACCGGCACUGUGUUUCUUCGAUGGGCCAGUUUCUGUAUGCCGGGUUGACCUUGUUUAUGGUUUCCAACGUUUUGCCGCCCUUGCUGAGAAAGUUUGCGGAUUUGUCCGUGCUACAGAAGCUUGUUGGGGAAGCCGCCGUGUGUGGGAUUUUUUUCAGUCUCUUUCUGCCCGUCAUGGAGAAGUUCCUCGGUGCAGUCAUCAUUCCCUGGUCUCUGCCGUCGGAUAAGGACUACGCCCAGCAGUACAGCGAGCUUUCCCCUGCCCUGGUACAGCACGUCAAGGAGCGCACACAGAAUUCUUUCUGCCUGCUGGUCAUGUUUUAUUUUGACCUCGUUCGGUUUGCCUUUGGCCGCGGUUUGUUCCUGGACCUGGCGCCCUACUCCCUCGCGGUAAUCCUGUUGCGCGACCUCGCCUACCACGUUUAUACAGUGCAAAUAUGUAGUCUGGGUCUGGAAGAUUGCGAGACUUCUAUUUGCGGAACUCGCAUUAUAACCCUAAGGUCUGCGAUGCAUGUAGUUGCGGAAUAGCGGCGCCAACCCUCUGUCAUGCAAAAGCGCAACUGAGUGAUCAACCGCUCAGAAACUUUUCAUGCGUGGCUGCGUUUUAGGAUCAGCUUGUGACGCAUGUGUAGCAUCACAAGUUUCGUCCCAACGACCCAGACGUGUUUGCAUUUGAUGUUGACGUCUGGCACUUCGCCAUCCGGCAGAAAGAGUCCCUGGUUCUGUUCGCGUGGAAAAGCUCGGAGGUGGAUGGGAUCGAGCACGUUCCGAUGCAAUGGAAGCUUCUCAGCACCAUUUGCUACCACUCGCAGCGCAUCACGGCAACGAGCCGGUACCUGGCCAUCGCGUUUGAGGAGAAGAUUGACUUCCAGAAACAGUUGGCACUGGAAGCGGAAGCGCAGCCUCUUGGGAUCAUGGAGACCGCCGCUACUUCCGCAGUGAAUGAUUGCAACGCGGUCGUGGUGCAGAAGGAAACCACUACCAAGACCCUGGUUCGGCGGUUGAAAACGACCCGAAGUCCCGAGCAAAACGUGGUGGUCGAGAAGCUCCUUACGUACACGAUGAAAGCGAGAGAAACGGAGGGCUUGACGAAGUCCGUGCGACUGCACUUCUCUAAUGUUCGUGUGCUCAUAGAGAAUGUGCCGGUGCGCAUUUUUCGGGAAUUCCAAAAGGCAACCCGCGGUGCGCGGGCGGCCGGGACCAUGUUUGAGGAAGUCGUCGGAGAGGAGGAGGACGAGGAUGAGAAUUUCGUCGACGUGCUGGCGGUAGAGCAGGAGGGUCAAGGACUAGCGCGAGGACCACAAGAUGAACUCAACACAGCUGCGACCUACGGCCAACAGGGUUAUGACACAUAAAUCAUCAACCAACGAUAAGAACCUUGAUCCACUCCAAAGAUCCAAAGCACACCUAAACGGGCACGAUCGUCACUAGUUCAAUUCUACUAGAGUAAGAUGACUACUGAACCUGAAACAGGCUAAGACGGGCACGAACGUCACGGCAAGAAUAGUGAAGGUUCCCGAGUGCCCCAGUUUUGCCUGGGCACGCAGUACCAUCGACCUUUACUCUUCCAAUGAACUCCAGGGCCCUUGAUGCCAGUAUUGGCACACACACACACAAAUAAUCUCUCAUGCAUAUUUGUACCACCUCAACUAGGUGUUGUUUUUACUCGUAGUGGGUUCGACCUCGUCGUUGGUUAGUUCGCAUCUUCACAGAGUUAUGAGCCCAAAUCACCACUAGAAUUUACUUCUGAUUGCGAACGUUUAAGAUUACACUUUGCACCUAAUCAGCAUUACAAAUUUAGAAUCAUAAAUACCCCAACGACAAACCAUGGGCGAGCUGACUGCAGCGCAGAAGCAAAACAAGAAUGAGAAGUCUGCGAAGGAAAAGGCUGCGAAGGAGAAAGCAGCAGCAACAGCAACUUCUGGCGAGCCUGAGGGCGAACAGCAAACAGCCGGUGAUGACGGAACCAUCACGCCGAACCCGGACAAGAAGAAAAAGAAGAAGAAGCAAAACACUUCUUCUACCGCCGACACCACACUGACGCUGCAAACCGCGCCGAGCGUUGUGGCGAAGUUGUCGCAAAUGGGAAAGCUGCUGGACGAUUUGAAAGACGACAAAGGCGGCACUGUCGUUGCCGACCUCCGGAAGCAGCUCGAGGACGUCGCGAAGGAAGAACAACAGCGCGACGCGGAUGCGAAGAAGCAGUUGCAGAAACCAGCCACGAAGACCAGUACGAAAAAGAAGAAACAGAAGAAACCGAAGCGGAAGGAUUCCGAUUCCGACAUUCUGUCUUCUUCGGAUUCCAGUGGUGGCAGCUGCGACGAAAACUCUUCUUCCGAUUCCUCAAGCGGUUCUGCGAGUUCCGAGGAGGACGAGAAACCGAAAAAGCGAAAGAAAUCGUCGAACGAAAAAGACGAGAAGAAGAUGGUCUUGUCGCAACUCCCGCUCUACCAGGACGACUCGUUACCGUUCACCGAGUACUUGUCGCUCGCGCAGGAGAAGUACAAGCCGAGCCGUAUCCUGAAAGGGAUUGAAUCCAAGAUCCAGCACACCACUACCCUGCGGCAGUACUUAGCGGCGAAGAAACGGAGGACCGUGCGCAAGGCGCAUAACAGUUCGAAGCGUCUCCGGCGCAUCAUCAAGAUCUUCCGGAACGAGCUGCAAGACCCCGAUGCGGGUAUGGAGAAGCUGGAAGACUGCAAGCAGGACCAGAACCAAAACCCACAGGAGUGGUAUAAGAAGUUCUGCGAAGCUCUUGCUGAAUUGCCUGCGGACAAACUGCCGUUCUCGGAAGUCGUCCGCUACGCCGAACGGAACGCGCAAAAGAACGUCAGGGGCAUCAUCGUCCAGGACAAACCGAGAAACGCGACGCAGCUGGCGGCUGCGAUUGGCAAAGCGGAGAAGCUUUUCGGGAAGAAGAAGAAACCUGAUGUCGCCUUCCCUGCCUUCCACGACCCGAAGGGCGGCCGCAAGCACAAGGGCGGUCGUCAUGGCAAGAAGGGUAGUGGCAAGGGCGGUAAGAAGGGCGGCAAGGGUGGUAAACCCCGGAAGCCGUACAACCCGGACGCCUGGUGCGAUUACUGCAGCCGCGCCGGCCACUGGGAAUCGGAGUGCCGUACCAAGCAGAAUACCGACGGCGGCAAAACUGGGGCACCGGGGAAGCAGUACAACUCGUAUGCAGCAUCCGGCGACCACAACAGCGGUGGACACCACCAUCAGCAUGGUGGAUACCACCAGCAGCAGCAGCAGCAGGGGAACUACAACCAGUACGGUGCCCAGCACCAACAACAACAAAAUCCGUACCCCCCGCAGCAACUGCAACAACAGAUGGUCCACCAACCGGCGAACCCGAACUACAACCAGCAGGGCGGAUUUUUCUGUGCCGUGGCUGUCGAAAUCUCCUGCCCCGACCACCCCCACAGUGCGUUUGCGACUCCCGCGACAGCAAACACGGUGGAGAUGUUCUUGAUGCUGGAUUCUUGUGCGAGCAAGCACAUGGCGGGACCGGUGCGGGUUCUACAUGAACUCGUGAAAGCGCCCGCAAUGUCGUUUAGCACGGCAAACGGACCGACCACCAGUACUACCACGGGUUCUAUCUGGUUGGAAACCUCACCGCCGAUCAAGCUCCAGAACGUUGCCCAUGUCCCCAGCCUCGGCAACAGGGUGUUGCUGAGUUAUCCGCUUUUGCGCAAUGCCGGUAUCCCGAUGUCCUUGGACAAGAUGCAGUUCUUAUCCUACGCGAUUCAGCUCGUGGAAGGAUGCACCCAGAUCAAGCUCCCGGUGCGUAUCAACCACAAGGAACCGAUCCAGACGGCGUUUGUAACCUGCAGCGAGGAACUCAUGCAGGACUUGUGGCGCGCCACCCAUGAUUACUUUAAUUCUUUGAUUGGUUUCGAUAGCUCUUUGCGUCUUCAGUUUUUCGAAAUCGAUUGCAAAAAUCUCAGCACAAACGAGAUAAUCGCAGAAGUCGUUCACAACCGUCAAAAACGACUUGCACUACUGGCGCCCAUCAUCAAUGACGAGAUCAAAGAAAAACUUCGUAUUUUGUCAGCGUAUCUCGAUGAAAAAGUAGUAGUGCUUGAUGGCCCGAGUCACCACCAGCAUCGGACAUUUGAAAUCAAAGACGACGAUGUCAGGUGGCUUGCAUCUUGUGCCUAUUCUUUCCCCGCGCCAGAGGUUCCACCAGAGGACCAAUCGCAUGAGCCUGAGCCUGCUGUAUCUUCGGACCCCACAUCUUCAAGCGCGCAACAGGAAGAUCGUGGCCAGGAUGCAACCCGCAGCGCCUCAAGCGAUUCUGAAAAUGCCGACCGCUCUGAGCUACCUACUUCGGAUCGUCUUGGCUCUGAGCAGCCCAAGGCCAAAAAGAAGAAAAAGGCCAAGAACAAAAAGCGCAAAAAGGCCGACCAGGACCAGGACCAACCAAAGCGAACGCGCCCGGCGAAGAAGUUCAGGCGAACAGAUUCGACCGAGGCCCCGGCUUUCGAGCAAAUUAGUUAUGAAAAGAUAUGCCAGCUUGGCGCUUGCCUUUUUAUGCCUACUUUCCAAAAGUUGUGGGAAAUUGUCCGAACGCUUGACAACUCCCAGCGCUCCAGAAGUAUGGUUAUUCACUUCUGCAAGCACAACUUGACGCGCCUUAAGACCCAUGCCUUUCCCCACCAUAAAGUCGGAGGAGUUGAAGCCAAUUCUUUGUCCGACUGGUGCGCCUUAGAUACGUUUUUUCCGUUAGGUAAGGAGUUUAGCGUGCUACAUGGGAUCAACAUCCAUUCCCGCGCCAGCACCACCACAACUUUCAAACGAGCAGUCAAGAUGCAGGACACUGCUGAUUUUUUAGAGUACUUGAAAACUGUUGGCAUGAUGGGCAAGAACAUUCUUUGCGACCAAGGCAAGGAGUUUGACAACAUAAAAGUGCGCGAAUGGUGCCAGCUGUAUGGCAUUCAGCUUUUCCUGACGCCUAAGGCUUCUUGGGUGAAUGGAACUUGCGAGCGCCGCCAUCGUCUUUUGCGUGCUGUUUUGCAUCGUCUUUAUUACGUUUAUGGCCAAAAGAGUUCUAUCAUCCCGCGCCUGGUACAACAAGCAACAAACGCGGUUAACAUGACGCCCACCGCUGCGCUUGACGGGCUUGCGCCUGCGCAGGUGCAGUGGGUCAUAAAUCCGUUUAAGCUCGAGCCUAAUUUUGUAGAAGAUUUGACAGAGCAGCAAGCAGUUUUAGUCAACGAGCAAAGUCCUGAGUCCGAUUACAAAAUCCGUUGUAGGGCCCGUGCUCUGGUCGAAGAGCUGAAGCACGACAAACAGCUUGUAGAUGAGAUGCGGAAGUUGAGGGAACUUCAGCGCAAUUUUUAUCAUGAAUCCGACGAGUGCAAAGUUGGCGAAUUGGUAGAAAUUUUCGACAAGGACAAAGAAGCAUGGUUAGGUCCCUGCGCCUUAAUCUAUCGCCAAGUGAACAACAACUCAGUCACUUCCGUUGUGGAUCAUGAUGGCAGGUAUCGCCGUUCGCAUGCGUCUCACGUACGUAGGCACCUGACGGCCACUGCUAUGACUUUUCCACCCAUGUUACUCAAAAGCCUCUACAAAACGCACAACGUCCCUGAUAGCCAUCCGGACACGCCCCAGGGCGAAUUUCUCGACGAAGAGACAACCAUCAAAAUAGUUCCGGAUGGUAAUGCGAAGGUCGCACCAAAAACCCUCGAUGCAGCUGACAGCAUCAAAGCCGACCCAAAAUCGAGCACCGAUGCCCCCGCCGCAUCAAGUAGCAGCGCAAGCUCGUCAUCUCGUGAACCUGACACGCUCCCGCCGCCUGGCAACGGUGGCCCGGCUGUCUCACUUGAUGUUGCACCCAUCGAACUAGAGAAAAAGUUCCGUCUUACCAAGGACUACUAUCAGGGCGUUUUCGACAAACUCAAAUCUGAAGAGGUGCAGCGCGUACGCCAGUUGAUCGCGACAACUGAAACAGCGCCGGUGCGUGGCGCUUGGAUAAAACGCAACGAACAACGUGAGAAAACGCUACUCACAGUGCGCGCGUUAAUCGAUGCUCAGCCCGAGUAUUCGCAUUUGAAAGAAGCACAAAAGCACAAAGUCGCUUCUGACAUCGCAGAACGAUGCCGACAGCUCAACAUCAACGACAUUAACGACAAUACGCUUGCAGCCAUGCUUGCGCCCCUCAUUUGUGCUGACUGGGAGCCUGGUGAAGUUUGCUACAAAGCUAUCGCUGUCCCUGAUCACAAGUCUGGUUUUGACACUACAGAGCCCGCUUGGAAAGAAGCCAUUUCUAAAGAAGUCAAAGCACAUUCUCACGUAUUCAGGCCUGCUACACCUGAAGAAGUCGAACGGUUCAAACGCAGCGGCAGCAGAGCAGUACCCUGCAAAAUGUUGCUUAGUGUAAAGCGCUGCGGCAAACGUAAGGCCCGGAUCGUAUGCUUAGGCUUUCUGGACAAAAUGUCUGGGAACCAGAAGUAUGCUACUGUGCCUGAUUUAAGUAUUUUGCGUAUGUUGCUUUGUAUGAAAGUUCAGUCACCUAGGAUGUUUGCAUUCCCUUCCGACGCUACUUCAGCCUUUUUGCAAGCAAAGUACCCAGUUCCGGUCGUGAUCGAUCUCGAUCAGCGAUUGCAAAACGAGCUAGGCUACCGCCUUGGUGUGGUAGAAUACGCCAUGAAUGGCCUGCGCCUUAGUUCCCGCGCCUGGGAAGACCACCGCGAUGCCGUUCUUGUCAAACAAGAAUGGAAGCGCAACCCCAUCGAGGCCACUCUCUGGACUCGUGCCGGUGUUUUGUUGUUAGUAUUUGUAGAUAAUUUUUGGUUUUUCGGUGACAAGGAAGAAGUUUUGAAGUACCACGAAGAACUUAAGCCCGCGCUAAAGUUACAACCCGAAGAGGUUCGCGACGAAGGUACGCACCUCGUCUACGAUGUCCUUGGCAUCGAAGCCCGCGAAAACAAAAAGACCGGCGACAUGGUCUUGAACCAAGACAAAUACGUGCAGAAAAUUCUUGAUCGCUUUGGCGGUGACACAGGUCGCAACACUUCCACGCCAAUGGAUGCGCCUCCUGAUGUCUCUGCGCCUGAAGUGCCUGAAUUAGUCAAAACCAAGCAAGAACUAACUGGCUCCUUACAGUAUUUGUGUCAAACCAGGAUGGACAUAGUCGUAGCUUUAAAGAUGUGCGCCCGCGUGAAAGCUACUCCCGAGUGCAUUUUGGCACUCAAGCGCAUCGUGCGCUACUUACGGACCCGCCGAGGUCUCCGAUACAAAAACCGAAGUGAAAAGUUUGGAGAUCGUCUUAUCCUCACCGCGUGGAGCGACUCCGACUGGGCUAGUUUCGGAGAUAGAAAGUCUAAUUCCGGCGUAGUGAUCUGUCUGAACGGAAAUGCCAUCGCAUGGCGUUGCGCAAGUCAAAACAGCGUUAGUUCUAGCGUUUCUGAAGCUGAGCUCUAUGGCAUGAGCGAAGCCGCGAAAAUGGUUUUACGUUUUCACUAUUGUCUUGAAUCUUUGCGCCCGUUUUGGAAAAAGUUCUUUGCAUCACACAGCCUUUUACUGCCUAUUCAACUUGGAUGUGACAACUCCAGCGCAAUUUCGUAUACUGAAAACCAAAACGGCACCAAAAGCGCUUUGAAACAUAUCGACAUCCGUGGCAUGCAGAUGCGCGAUUUGCAAGAGAAACAACUUAUCAAGUGCGUUUAUCACUCGACCAAGAUUAACAAGUCAAACGGUUUGACUAAGACUUGUCCUCCUAUCGAGUUUCGUGCAUUUCUCGAACUAAACGACAUAAUCGAGUUGGAUUAACCGAAAACGUUCCGAGUAUGAAAAACACCACAGACCGCCAGCAACCCUAACUGGACACCAACGAACGAACGAACGAACGCGAAGAAAUUCGGCGCAAGGGGGACUGCUGAUGACUAUCGAAGAGAGUUUUAUUAUGCACCAAAUUUAUUCGCUUCCAUUUACGCCUGCAUUCAUUUUUCGCAAGUCUCGCAAAGACUAUAAACAAAGAACCUGCAAUACAGAUUUUAUUUUUUGACUUUGGAUUUGGAGUGAGGGGGACUAUGACACAUAAAUCAUCAACCAACGAUAAGAACCUUGAUCCACUCCAAAGAUCCAAAGCACACCUAAACGGGCACGAUCGUCACUAAUUCAAUUCUACUAGAGUAAGAUGACUACUGAACCUGAAACAGGCUAAGACGGGCACGAACGUCACGGCAAGAAUAGUGAAGGUUCCCGAGUGCCCCAGUUUUGCCUGGGCACGCAGUACCAUCGACCUUUACUCUUCCAAUGAACUCCAGGGCCCUUGAUGCCAGUAUUGGCACACACACACACAAAUAAUCUCUCAUGCAUAUUUGUACCACCUCAACUAGGUGUUGUUUUUACUCGUAGUGGGUUCGACCUCGUCGUUGGUUAGUUCGCAUCUUCACAAGGGUCGUGAGCAAGUUGAUGUGGGGAAAAAGAAAACUACGGGCGCUACAGCCAAGAAUCACGACGAAAACAUGAAGCAAACUCCCGACGUUGUGGGUGGUCCUUCUUGCAACACACUGCUUGCGACUACAACUUCUUCCGCUAGUGACCACAAUGGAGAUGCAGCAGCACAGCAGUCAGGAGACCACGACCAGGCGGUCGGGGUUGUGACGAACAAGACGAGCACUGUGAAUAAGUUCCGGAGCAGCUGCAACAACGGCUACACUAGUACAACUAAAAACGAGGACAACUUGUGCGACCACUUCGGCGGGGGCGAGGAAGACGAGGAAGGCGGCGAGGAGCCACUGCCAACGAUGAGGCAAACCUUAAGCGCCAGCGUAUGGCGCUCUCAACUGUUACAUUCUCAACCGUUACAGCAUGAAUUUGCGAUGCAAGAAUGGCAAAAGUGAAAGGGGCGACCUUGUACGGCUCGCAUGACAGAUUUGCGACAGAUGCUCAGCCUGUUUGGCUCUUCUAGAAUUUGUCAUACGAAGCAGCUUGAUCACGUCGUUCUCGUUUCUACUUGUAAUUUUGCAUGACAAGAAAUCAUGUAACAGCUGAGAAUGUAACAUUUGAGAACGCCAUACAGCGCCCGGUCGAUGGUGAGCACGAAUCCCAAGCGCUUGACGGAGCUUAUGGCGUUCUCAACUGUUACAUUCUCAACUGUAUACAUGAACUUGUGAUGCAAGAAUGGCAAAACUGAAAGCAAAGGGGGUGACAGAUUUGGCACAGAUUCUCAGCCUGUUUGGGCCACUUUCGGGAUUUGUCAUGCGCUGCAGCUUGAUCGCGUCGAAUCUGAUCGGGGUUUUGCAUGGCAAAUCGUGUAACAGUUGAGAAUGUAACGUUUGAGAACCCCAUAGAGCAGGGCGGGGCGGUCCUCGGGUACGUGCUCGGCCGGAGAAGGUAUCCUGUGCAAAAGUAUCGUACUCGUAGUAUAUUGCAGUCACGCAUUACAAAUCUCUUCCCUAAGGCAAAUCUGCAUUACAGAUUUUAUUUCUUAUUCUGAGGAGAUUUGUCAUGCGAUUUAUACUAGUACGAUGCUUUUGCAUUGCAUAGAGCGGGCGUGUCAGCAUCUUCUCUACCCCCCCCCCAGUGGCGCCCGCGGAGGUGGAUGCCUUCAAGAGCUGCGUGA